AACGUAGGGAAUAAGAGGGGGCUCGAAAAAACCCGAAAAAACGAGGAGGUUUGGAGCUAUUUCUAGGGAAAUAUGUAUGUAUGAUGAAUGAUCAGAGAGAAAGGAAGAGAAAGAAGGUUAAACGUUGUGAAAAGGAGUAUUAUGAGAGUUUCGAGCCUAUAUUUGAUGAAUUGAAUGAAAAAUCUGGGGAAAAAAGGAGGGAAAAUGGUGGAGAUAGAGCAAAAACUAAGGAAAUAUUUGAUGAUGAAAUUGACGAGGAAAUUGAAAAGGAUUAUGGGGAAAAAAAGGAAGAUAAUUCGGAUCUAGAAUGUUAUCUAGAUUUUUUGCCUAAAUGGGUUUCUUAUCCGAGAAAAAUUGGGCCAGAUUUAAGAAUAUCUGUUGAAGAAGAAUCAAUACAUUUAGAUAAAGAGUUUAAGGAACGAUUGCGAUGCAGAAACUAUAUAGAGUUAUUUCCGGUGCAAGUGGUGAUGCUUGAAAUAAUGUUGAAUGAUCCAUGUGGUGUUAAAGGAGAUUUUUUUAUUAGUGCGGUUACAGGAAGUGGAAAAACUCUUGCAUAUACGAUUCCUGUUGUACAAAUGCUUUCGAAAAGGAAAAUAGUGCGUUUACGAUGUAUUGUAAUAGUUCCUACGAAAGAAUUAGUUUAUCAAGUUAGAGAAUGCUUUGAAUAUUGUAUAGGUGGAAGUGGAUUAAAGAUUGGGAUAAGUACGGGACAAAGAUCGUUUAUGAAUGAACAAUCUAAACUUGUUGGAGAUUUAGAUCAUUGUUUUUCAGGGGGACAAAGUUUAGUUGAUAUUCUGAUAUGUACACCAGGAAGACUUGUGGAUCAUAUUCAACAUACUCGUAAUUUUUCAUUACAGCAUUUAAAAUAUUUAAUUAUUGAUGAGGCGGAUCGUCUACUUAGUCAAAAAUUUCAAAAUUGGAUUGAAAUUCUUAUGAAUGAAAUUGAAUUAUCCAAGUCUUAUAAAGAUUCUCAUUAUAAAACUGUAGAAGAUCUUCCAGAUGCAGUUAAUGAUUCUCUUAAAUUAAUAUUUAAAGAUGAUAUUUCUAUGGAAAAAAAGCGUUGUAGUCUUCAAAAGUUUAUUUUUUCUGCGACAUUAACAUGUAAUCCUGAAAAGAUAGCGAGUUUACGGUUACGAAACCCUCAGUUGAUUCUUAUUCAAGACUCAAAGUCUAAUUUAGAUCAACAUUUUUUUAAAACGAAAACAUUUUUGCAAAAUAAUGAUAUAUCAGCAUUUUUUGUUCCUCCGACUUUAACAGAAUAUGUCAUUUUAGUAGAAUCUAAUGCUAAACCAUUAUAUUUAUAUCAUUUAAUAAAAUCACGAGAAAUGGAAGGAGUGUUAUGUUUUACUAAAUCUAAUGAGUCUGCUUCACGGCUUUGUAUAUUAUUGAAUUUAAUUCAUCAAAAUCUUACAUCUGAGUCAUUGGAUUCAAUUUCAGAUAAAUUGGAUUCUGAAUUUAUAUCUAAAUCAUUUGAUUCAGUUGAAUUAUUUGGAUUAUUUACAAGCGAAGUUCCAAAAAAACAAAGAAAUAUAGCUUUAGAAAGAUUUAAAAAUGGGGAUACAAAAAUAUUUAUAUGUUCUGAUCUUAUUGCAAGAGGAAUUGACCUGCCGCAAGUUUUUCAUGUUAUUAAUUAUGACAUCCCUCAAACAUCAAGACAAUAUAUUCAUCGUAUUGGUCGUACAGCUAGAGCAGGAAAAACGGGAGAAGCGUGGACAUUAUAUCAAGAAUUUGAAUCUAAAAAGAUUCAUAAGAUACUAAAAAAUGUUGGUCGUAAAACUGAAGUCAUAUAUGAGAAAAUGUCAGAGACUAUCUUUACUAAUGAAUAUACAAUGGCUUACAAGUUAGCUUUAAAAAAAUUAAAAAAAUGCAUUAAAGGAAAUGAUUAGUUGAUUAAAUAAAUUUUAAAAUCUGUAGUUAAUAAAAAAAGG